GCAGGAGAUAGAAGUAGAGAUGGCGACACUCUCUUUCACCAGUUGCCUUAGUUUUCUCUUUCCUCCAUGCUCUCUUCCUUCCCGUAUCACUUGCGGGUGGGGGGAAAAAAAACUACUCUUGAUAGCUCUCUUUCUCACCCCAGUUUCAAAUCAGGAAACUAAGAGGAUGCCCAGACGACAGAGAGUUGAGGGUCUGCCGUUUUCGUGACUUGCAGUUGAUCGACUUGUGUGACCAGGUGGAGGAUGUGGCCUGAGGGUGAACAAGACAACGUCGAUCAAAUUGGUGGCCAACACAGCAUCGUUUAGAUCUCAUCAGUGAUGAACAUAUGGUUUUAGGAGCCAAUUGCCAAAGUUACAUCUCCAACCCUCUGUGUCUCAACAUCAGCCACUGCGUCAGUAAAACCAGCAAAUCUAAGCAGAAAAGUUGCUGUUGGAACGACGAUGUGGUCGCCAUUUGGAAUUCCGACGGUCUAUUUCUAUUUUCCGUUUAUCGUUCUCCAAGAUCUACGUAUUCCUUUUUGUGGAUUCUUAAGCUUCAGUGAUUGAGAAGGGUAAGCAAACCCUUCAAACAAAACCUCACCGUGAACCGAGCGGAUCUCCAGAAAGUGGUGCUACACAAAAGAAAGAUGCAGGGGAAAUUUAACGAGCCAGGAACCGAUUUAGAUUACAUUAAUUGAAAGAUAGAUGGCCUUCCGCUCGCCCUUCUCAAUCGUUGAAGUUUAAGGUUUUGUUUGAAAGUUUGUGGAUUCUUGAGCUUCUCAUGGUCUGUCAUUCUCUUUCCUCGCUGAAAAUUGUUUCUGGGAAUAUGCGUCCAACAAUGCCUGUGUUCUUCCUUUUCUUAUUUGUUAACAGUAGUUUCCUUUAGCUUGGACUAUUUUUAGUGAUUUAUCCUUUUUUUCUUUGAUUUUUUAUUGUGUAAGUUGAGUGAAUGCUUAGCCUGGGUCAUAUCUGAUAUCAUAUUUCUUCCACUUUGUACUCUUCUAUUUAAUCUUCUCGAUGUUUCGGGUAUCUAUUGAUUAUAUGUU